GCGACGCAGGCGGUCCGCGUCGGUCCGUCUGGGGCCAUGAGGAAGCUCGCUGCUGGCUUCCUUCUCUCACUCCUGAAGGUGCUGUUCUCGCCUUCGUCGGCUGCCCCAGCCCAGGAUUCAGUUUUGACGUCCACUCCCGGCAGCCCUCUCUCGACCACCGAAUAUGAACACUUCUUCGCACUACUGACCCCUACCUGGAAAGCAGAGACCACCUGCCGUCUCCGUGCAACCCAUGGCUGCCGGAACCCCACCCUCGUCCAGCUGGACCAAUAUGAGAAUCACGGCUUGGUGCCAGAUGGCGCUGUUUGCUCCGACCUCCCCUAUGCCUCCUGGUUUGAGUCCUUCUGCCAGUUUACUCAGUACCGUUGCUCCAACCACAUCUACUAUGCAAAGAGAGUCCGAUGCUCCCAGCCAGUCUCAAUUCUCUCAUCCAACACUGUCAAGGAGAUAGACUCUUCCACUGAAGCCCAGCCCAGCACGAUGACCUCCCCCAUGUCAUCCCACAUCACAGCCACAGAACGGCAAGCGUUCCAGCCCUGGCCCGAGCUGCUCAACCACAACGUGGAAGAGCUGCUGCAGGCCUCCAUGUCCCUGGGAGGCCCAGAGCAAGGGUCAGAGCACAAGCAGGAUCAGGGGCAGGAGCACAAAGCAGAGCCAAAACAAGAACAUAAACAGGAGGGAGGGCAGGAGCAAGAGGAAGAAGAAGAGGAGGAGGAAGAGGAGGAGGAGGAGGAAGAAGAGGAAGAGGAAGAGGAGAAGGAGAAGGAUGGACAAGGAACCGAGGAUGGACUGCGGGCCAUGUCUGGACUGCAGACAGACUCAGAGCCCAAGCUCCAGGCCGAUUCUUUAUUUUCCAACCCUUUCUCCUUCACUGCCCGGGUGCGGGAAGCUAAGUCUACGCCUAUGAUGAUGGAGAACAUCCGGGAGCUCAUUCGAUCUCCCUCGGAAAUGGAAGAAAUAAGUGAUAUGUAUGAUGAAGACUCUGCUUGGAGAAGCCAAAGCGCUGGCAGCCUCUUGCAGCUGCCCCAUGUGGAAGCCUUACUGGUGAUGUGCUAUUCCAUUGUGGAGAACAUCUGCAUCAUGACCCCCACAGCCAAGGCCUGGCGGCACUUGGAGGAUGAAACCCUUGGCUUCGGGAGGAAGGUCUGUGACAGCCUUGGACGGUACCACGUACCUAUGUGUCCCCUCUGUGACUUCUGCUCCCUGAAGCUGGAGCAGUGCCAGUCAGAGGGUAACCUGCAGCGGCAGCACUGUGACAGCUCCCACAAAACACCCUUCCUGAGCCUUUUCCUCUCAUCGCAGAGCAUGUCCAUUGGCAUCCAGGUGGGGACUGUAAGAUCGGGACGCUAUUAUGGGCUGGAUUUUUACGGUGGGCUCCGCAUGGACUUCUGGUGUGCCCGGCUAGCUACAAAGGGCUGUGAUGAUCAUCGAGUCACUGGCUGGCUCCAGACUGAGUUCCUCAGCUUCCAGGACGGGGAUUUCCCUACCAAGAUUUGUGACACAGACUACGUGCAGUACCCGAACUACUGUGCCUUCAAAAGCCAACAGUGUCUGAUGAGAAACCGGGAAAAGAAGGUGUCCCGGAUGAGAUGUCUGCAGAACGAGAGUUACAGUGUCUUGUCCCCAGCCAAAAGCGAGGAGCUGGUGCUUCGAUGGAGCCAGGAGUUUAGCACCUUGACUCUUGGCCAAGCCGGAUGAGCUGGAGUUUGUCCUGUCUCCACCCCACCUGACCUGUUUGCAUAUUCCAUUACUUUUAGACCCCAUUUGUCAUCAGUUUGCCUCCAGGCUGCCCCUUUUGGGUCUCUUACCUGGUCCCUCCUUACUGGUUUCCUUGGGUUGGGUCAGCAGUCCUGCGGAGGUCUGCGAUGGGAACUCCACCCUCUUUAAAGAAUGUCUUUGCAUAAAGUGUUUAU